GCGCCUGUGACGACCCUUAGACCCUUUCUGCAUGCCUCCCUAUCCCAACUCCUCUCAUAAUCAUGCCAAGCCCUUCCCCUCAUCCCAAAACGCAGUCGCUGAUCGUCCUCCACGUUCCAGCGUAGCCUCUACGACGUCUUACUCAACCCUCGACCACGCUCUCGCGUCUGACUCCUCUAGAGCCCCCGAUACGCAAUACUAUCGACAACCACCAUCCGAUCCUUCCCGCCCGCCGUCCCAGAUGGCGUCCGACAGUCGAUAUAUGUACCACCCGCAAGAAGUCCCGCCUGCGCCUUCUUAUCCAUACGCAUCCUAUCCUGGGCCGCCAUAUGAGAACGGACAGUAUGCUCAAGGAUCUUCACGCCCGCCCGUACGCUCUCCUCCUCCCGCACAACCUGUCCAACACGCCCCUCCUCCUGCACCCUACAACGGAGCCCCUCCACCAUACCCCCCGCAGCCUGGAUAUCCCCCACCGGGCUACGGCCCGCCUCCGCAGCAUGCGCAAUGGUCAGGCGAGUGGAAUCAGUACGGCGUCCCAUAUCAACCACCUCCCCAGCAGGGCCAGCCACCGUACCCGCCCCCGACAAGCGCAAGGCCGGACGUCUCUCCCGGCACGUCGCACGACGAUCGCCGCUACCAGCAAGCACCUCCAAGGGCGGAGCCCCGCAGGACAGAGGAGCGGCCCCCGCAGCGCCCGGAGGCGGCGCCCCCGCCGUCUGCACCAGUACGUAAAACCCGUGAAGAGCCCCCAGCACCUGCGCCCGCCCCUGCGCCCGCUCCCCCGCCCCCUGUGCCAAUUCCUGCGUCACAAGGCCCGUCGCCUCCCCAGGCCCCGCAGGCACCACCUCCACUCACCACCUCGCCCAUCGGAAUCGAUUUUGUUAAGUUGGUGGAGUCCUACCGGCUCAUCCUCGACACAGCGAGCACGAUCCAGUAUGAAGCUCCUACCCGCCCAUCGCCGCCCCCAGAGGCCCUGGAGCGCAUGUUCCAGGCGGCAGCAUACGGCGCGCAAGUCUUGGAUGUCGCGUCGAAGCGCGUCGCCCCCGAGCCGCCACGUCCGCCCGUCGAUCGCCCGCCUGAAGAAGCCGAGAGAGACGCCGGGGGAGGGCGGCAGUCUGAGAACCCGCCUGCGACGGAAGGACAGACCUGCCUGGGCUGUAGCGCCACCUCCACCCCAGAAUGGCGCAGAGGCCCGAUGGGUCCCCGCACGCUCUGCAACGCGUGCGGCCUCGUCUACGCUAAACUGAUCAAGAAGCGGAAUCGCGAUGGGACCGGACGCGGCCGGGGCAAGAACCAAAACAACAAUCAGAACGCAGGCCAGAAUGCGCACCAGACCGUCGCCGAUGAUGCUGGUGCUCAGUCGAGUAGCGACGACGACGAUUCGUACGGCUCGCAGCAGGAUCGGAGGAGCGAUGGAGGGUAUCAUGGCGGAAGGCAGUGAUUGUUGUUUUUGGUGGUCCUACCCUCUCUUGCUCUCCUCUAUUUCUUUUUGUGCCCGCUGCUCCGUUUCGCUGUUCAUAUGUUCUCUUCGCUCCAAGAUUCUAUCGGUGAGCUCUCCGUCGUCCUGCCCCUGUAUUAUCGUAUAUCUGUCUUGUCGCCCGUCCUCCUGCCCCAUUUAGUCCCACCUUGACUCGCGCACCUCCUGCCCCGCCCCGCCCCUGUCUACUGCUUGGGCUCCGCUUGACAUCUGCUUUGGCUCUGCGACAUCUGCUACUCUAUUGCCUACUCCCCCCCCCGUCCGUUCGUCUUCGGUCAUUUGUAAUAUCUUUACGCUCCUUGCACAGAUGAGUACGUGUAUACCUACUCUCCCAAGAGUUCCAACCCCCUAGCCUGCCCCUCCAGUUUAAGUCCGAUUCAUACGGUCGAUUCGUCAGC